AUGAAAACAAUCAUUCAACCGUUGUCGGGCGAUUGGACUCAGGUCGAAGUGAUUCGGCUUUCCACCGAAGGCGGAGGUCUCGGCUUUGGUAUCGUCGGAGGCACGAGCACCGGUGUAGUCGUGAAGACGAUCCUACCAGGAAGCCCAGCGGAUAAGCAGGUGACCAUCAAAUCAAAUCAUUGUACUUAUCAAGAUUGGCUCGAAGCCAAUCCUGGAUCCUUAGCCUAUAUGAAGUUGCCUUAUGGGAAGGCACCGGCAUAUCGUCUGGGUGGGUAA